AGAGCUCGACCGCUCAAGCAAGAGCCAUGCUCGGCGUUAGCCGCCCUUAAAAUUGUCCAAGACAUGCUCGUAGCCGGAACAUCAAACCUAGCAGACGACGUGCGAGCAAAUUUGCACAACGUCGAAGUGCAAUUACAAGUCGUGCAAGGCUUUCCCGAGGACCUUUCGGAUGGGCGACCGGCGGCCGCACCUCGCGGCGCUGACGGUGGAGCUGCUGCGGGGCCAGGAAGUAAAAAGGAGAGCAAAAAGGACAAGAAGACCAAGGAGGGUGGCGUGACACCAGCCGCGGCGAAGGAAAUGAAGGACAAGGGGAAAGAAAAGAAGGAGAAGAAGGGCAAGGAGGACAAGAAGAAGGAGAAGAAGCGGCGAGCCGAGGAUGCAGAGGGCGGGGAAGAGAAGAAAAUGAAGAAGCAGAAGACGGAGAAGUAGGGGGUUAGGUGGGGGUGACCGCAAUGGUCUGACACGCGUGUGCCGCAUCCAACUUUCGCGGCGUUGGACUGUGUAGCCUGUCGGGGUUUGGGUUGAGCCUGGCUGGCAGCAAUGCGAACGCAGGGGCCCGUGCAGCCGGAUGGUUGCGAGGACGGACGCGAGGCAGUUGGGCGCAGCCAUGCCGUGGGGCUUUGGUGGUAAGGCCAAAGCGGGUACCGUAUGGCGGUUGGGCGAUAGAGACGGGGCCAAGCAGCAUACUCGGCAGUGCGACGAGUCUAUGCGGUGCAUGUCAACGUGUGGUGUUGUGACAUAAACGUUUUGUGCGCAUGAUACACUGUUUGGCACUUUGGCAUGAUUGCGGGAUGAUCAUGGCUGGCUGUGGCGCAAAGCUGUUACGGAACUCGAACCCGUGCCAGGCUGCGCGCAAUGGGGCUGUGCUGCCGGUUGGCACGGUUUGGGAAAGGACGCCUGUUAGGCAGCCUCGAAGACGCGCAUACGUGCCGACUCCAUUCCGGUAUGGUCAUAUACGUGCUUCACCUACAAGCUGCGAAGUGCUUGCAAAGAACAUUAUUGUGCGCGCUGGAAUGCAGUGGGAGCACCUGGAUAUGCUGGCCUCCGGCUUGCAAGGACACCUCCGAUGCGUCUGAGGGCACUGCAUUGUAACUUUAUCUCACG